GCUCGAGGUGCCCCCAGGGCUUGCCGCGCCCGCGUGGGCGUCCGCGCGGAUCCAUAGCGCUCGCCCAUGGAGUCGGACAAGGCCCUCAUCGAGGAUCGAGGGGGCGGCGACGCUUCGCCCGCCCAGAUGCCCAGCUGCGGCUACGCGAACCGGACGAACACUUCCCGGGGCGCCAUGGGAGACGCGGAAGGAGGUCGGACGUGAACACCGUGACCAGCGCAGAGGUCAACUCCACCGACCUCGCGGACCACGUCGCCGGCCGCGUCGCCGACGACGUGAUCGCGCAGGCCUUCGUGUCGCCGCCCAGCACCGCGCCGGACCUCGCGGCCCUCCGGGCAGAGAACGACCGCCUGAAGGCCCAGCUGCAGGACGAUGCCGCCGACCUGCGGGAGGAGAACGAGCGCCUCCGGGGCGAGGUCGAGCGGGCCCGCCGGGAGCUCGAGCCCCGGCUGGCGCUGCUGGAGGCGGGGCGGGGCCCGCCAGGCGCCGAGCUGCAGGAUGCCGCUGACCUGCGGGCGGAGAACGAGAGCCUCCGGGGCGAGGUCGAGCGGGCCCGCCGGGAGCUCGAGCCCCGGCUGGCGCUGCUGGAGGCGGGGCAUGGGGCAUGCCCGCCAGGCGCCGAUCUGCAGGCCUUGCAGGAGGAGCUCUUGGCCAGCAGGAGCGCCGAGGCCAAGGCCAAGAGAGAGGGCGAUGCCGCGCGCGCGGAGCUGGAGAGGCUACUGCAGGAGCAGGGGGGCCUGGCGGAGAAGCCCAGCAGGGACACGGCGCUCGAGGACGAGAACAACGACCUCCGCCUGAGGGUCUCCAGCCUAGAGGAGGAGCUCUCAGCUUCCAAGGACCCCUGGGAGGACCUGCUGUCGGCGAAGCCGACCGUGGAGCUCCCCUCCGAGCCCCCGGAGGACAACGCGGUGCUGACCGAGGCGUACAAGAAGAUCUCCGAGCUCAACACGCAGCUGGCCAGGCUCUACGCCGAGCUGACGCUGGCGCGCGCGGAGGCGCAGCACCUCCGCGGCAGCGCCGCCGCUGCUGGCGGCGGCGCCGCCCCCGCGGACGGGGGCGCGCAGGCCGCCGAGGCCCGGGCCGCCGAGGGCCAGAAGCACAGCCAGCAGAUCGACCUCGUGAGCGACAUCCGGCACCUGCAGCUGGACCUGGAGUACCACCAGCAGAAGCUGGACCAGAUGAUCAGGGAGAAGCAGCAGCUGUUGGCCGAGAACCAGAAGCUCCAGACGGACCUCACGGACUUGAGGCAGAGCCUGGAGGAGCAGGACCAGAUGUUGAAGCACCGCGAGGUCGACCUGGAGCACCUGCGGGAGGAGUUGAAGCUCCAGACGGCGGCGGCGCCCGGGGGUGGCGCCGCUUGCGACCACGAGACUUUGGCCGCCUUGCGGUCCGAGGCCGCCUCGAAGGACAGCGCCCUGAUCGUGUCCCACUACGAGCUCCACAAGGAGAAGCUGGUGCGGGACCGCCUGGAGCAGAAGAACGUGAAGCUGAUGGAGCGCAUGCAGAAGCUGAUGAUGGUGGUCGAGUCCAUGCGCAAGGAGAACGGCACCCUCGAGAGGGCGCUGAGGGCGACGGAGCAGCAGCUCGAGGAGAGCGACGCGAAGGCGCGCGAGGCCAGUCGCAGGGCCAAGAAGGCGCAGGGCGGGCUGGCGAAGGGCGGCUCCAGGAAGAAAGUGCUGGAAGGCUCCGUGGAGUUCGAGGCCCCCGCGCAGCACGAGCUGCCGCGGAUUCGGCCCGGCGGCGCCAGAUCGACGCGGCGGGCAGCCGCAGCGGGCUGUCCACCCCGAGGUCCGCCCGCGGGGCCCCGCAGUCGCCCUACAACACCCGCUGAGGGGGGGCACCCCGGCCGCCGCCCGGAGGGCGCCGCGGCCGCAAGCGGCGAGUCCACGCCGAGGGCCACCCCGCGGGGCACCGCAGGCGCGUUGCGGCACCCGCCGAGGGCGCCAAGCCGACGCCGCCCCGUGGCGAGCCGCUGGGGCGGCGGGGGCUGCGGCCCGCGGCCGCCGAGCCCGAAGGGCGGCGCCAGGGCUCUCUGCCGCAGCCCUGGCCCCCCACCCCCCCACUCGCCCGCUCUGGUCCUGCUGCUUCCGAGGAAUUGAGCUUGCCUUGUCUCGAUCCCCGGCAGGCUGAUCACGCUAGCAGGCGAAGGGCCCUCCCCUGGGAAGCCUCGCCCGGAGCAGGAGAACCUCUCCGCUGGGCGCGGCUUGUCCAAGCGCGCUGCUCUCACCUUGCAGCCGACGAGCGGUUGACGCCGUCGUGGGAAAA